UUUUCCUUGGCUUCCACGUCCCCGCUUCAUUUACACCAGAAGAAGCGUUUUUUUUCUGCCAUGUGAUUGGUUGUUUCACUUUGUGAGCAGACCAUAAGUCAUUGCCUGACCUCUUAGUGUCUUGUUGAAUACUCUGAUGUGCUCUUAGUGGACAUUUCCCGAAGACUUGUAUUGAUCCUGUGGGAAUCAUUUUGUUUUUGGAAAUGAUUAUCUUAAUCCUAUCAUGGUUUACCAUCAUGGUGUCUGCAGUACCACUUCCACAAGGAGGAGCCACUCAAGCUCUUGAAGCAACAAACCAGGGACUCGACACUCAGACGCCGGCCCCUUUAUCUCCUAAUGUGGUCCAACCACAGCCGGGGGUCUCCUAUCAGCUGGGUCCCCAGGGUGGUCCCCAGUUCCUGCCUCCCACACAGCACUACUGGUGGCCUUCGUUAGGGGGAAGUCCAAGGAUCAUUCCUCUGCAGCCGAGCAUCUACGGAUCCCAGCCUGCUGACCAGCCGACACUCCCACAGCAGCCUUCGAUUUUCCCUCCUUACAGAUACGUCCCACUGCUCUCGUCUCCCUAUGGGAAUCAACUGUUUUCACCAUAUGGAUUCCCCAUGAUUGUUGAAUCGCUGCUUCCACAAACACCAGGGAAUCCACCGCCCAUCAGUCCGGUGUUACCUGCAGGAACACCUUCUGGAGCUGCUCCCCUGGGAGAUGUACCUCAGCUAGUGCAGCAACAGCAGAGUCCCCAAAUUGUAUACAUGUUCCAGCAGCCCAAGGAGACUCUGCUUAGCAGUCUCAGCUCGGAGGAGCUGCAGACGGCAGUGAAAAUGAGCCAGCUGGGUGUGUACCUGACCACUUUGCUCACGAACCCGCCCGCGGGAGCCAUUCAGCCAGUGAGUCAAGGUGCCGGGCUGGUAAACCCGCAGCAGCAAGUUGUCGUGCCAACCUCGGGGACCCUCUCUGCUGGAGUCCAGCAGACACAGGGGCCGGCGGGCUCCGCACCGCAGCCCAACACUAACGGGUUCCCUUCAGGUCUGGAGAGACCACCGCAGGAGGCGGCCACGGUGAAAGCACCUGUCCAACCCACGGAAGGAAAGCGUGUCUGCAACUGCAGCAACCGGCAGAGAGAACUCACAGCACACUUGUAACUUUGUAACGCAAAAAGUGGUUUUGUUUUUCCUUUUCAUAAUAAAGAAUAAACCUGAAUUAUUUCAACUAUUUGAAA